AUGCAGCGCCUAGCCUGUUAGCAAGCGCCGCGCCGCGCCCAAAUAUCGCGCAUCGCAUAAACUGCAUGCACACGUCACAUGCUGCAUGCUCAAGUAGAUUUUUGUUUGAUCUCUAAGUCUAACUCUAUCUGUUUUGGUCUUGUCUCUUGAGGCUACUUCGAGUUCUAUCAAUAUCACCUCCAAAAAUUGAAAGAAAUGGCUGUUAACGGAAACGAUGCUGUUCAAAAGAUGAGGGAUACUUUGUUGAAAAGAGGACCUUCUACAAUCAAGUCGUUGGGAAGGUCUUUCCGAAUCAUGGAUGAUGAUGGCAACAAAUCAAUUUCCCGAGAGGAAUUCAAGAAGGGUUUUACUGAUUAUAAUUGUGGGUUGUCAGAUGAAGAGUACGAAGCAGUCUUUCAACUGUGUGACAAGGAUUCGAGUGGCGCUCUUAGCUUCGAUGAAUUUCUCAUACAUCUGAAACCACCCAUGAAUCAAGGUCGGAUAGAUAUUGUCGAAAAAGCAUUCGCGAAAGCUGACAAGACUGGUGACGGGGUUAUAACAGUGGCCGAUAUGAAGGGUGUAUACAAUGUUAAGCAGAAUCCCAAGUAUGCCAACGGAGAGUGGACUGAGAAACAAUGCUUUGAAGAAUUUCUGAAAACGUUUGAAGAGGAAAACAAUCCAGAUGGAAAGGUGACUAUGGAAGAAUUCCUCAAUUACUACAGUGGUAUCAGUGCAAGCAUUGAUAAUGAUGCCUACUUUAACUUGAUGAUGAGAAAUUCAUGGAAAAUUUAGAGCUUCAGGUCAAAUGUCAGCCAGCAUCUUACUUAUCAAGAUUCCAUGAGAACUCCCAAGAUAUCACCAGCGGAUCAGCCAAGCCAGUAUGCAGCGAUCAUCGACAAGUCUCAUCCUCAUAGAUUUCAUCCAACCAAUAUUUUUUUUAAAUUCUAGAAACAAGUUAUAUUUUUCACAUUUUAUAGUUUAAAGUAAAGUAUGGUCGCGUUCAAGUGAUUUUUCAUUGGGUCACUUGGGUGUAAAAUGAUUGUAACAUGAUCGCUGAGAAAGGUGCAUUUUGAAAGUUGAUUCUCUACAACCAUUGAAGCGAAUAUUAUCUGAACACAACAGAGAUCUCAAAUAUAUCUAUGACAGGCUUUUCUCUGGUUUGCGCUUAAUUGCAUACUCAAAAUGGACCUGUACUUCUUAGGUCAAACUACGCAGUACCAUGUGGCUCUAAGAGGAAGAAUUGGUAUAAAACAGAUUCAACAAUUUGGGCAGUAUGAGGAAAGAUGUUUAAUAUUUGAUUUGUGAUCUUAGCUUAGCUUUGAUAGGAUGUAUCCUUAAUUACACUCCGCUGGUGGUGUAUUGAGGUGAUUAUGAGUAUGAUGUUGGCGACGCUUAACACCAUAAAAACAUGAAAUGGAACCAAGUGAUAUUCCUUAUCUUUUCACUGAAUUUGAUUUCGAUAUAUUGUAGUUAAAAGUUUGUUUGGUGUGUGAAGUGGAGGGUAAAAGGUUCUUCUAUCAAGGCGAUUUGCUACCUUGGAUGCACUUGUAGUUCAAAACUAUUGAAUGUUAUGUAACAUGUAACCUCCGUGGGGGACAGUGGUCCAUUUCGCAUUGGAAAGUCAAUUCAGUUCACUUGCAGUACUCCAUUCAGUAUACCUACAUUGUUCUAGUAUCAUAAUGAUGUUUACAACACCCCUUCAGACUGGGAAUUUAAUACAGGAUUUUUCAUGGAUUGGUAUAAUUGCCCUUUUAACAUUAAAAAUUCAACCCUGCUCAUUUCAUGGGUGGAAACAAUGUACCCUUUCACAUUUAAAAGUUCUGUCCAGUUCACCCCAUAAUUCUUUUAGUCAAACUGUACCUAUACGUGAUGAAGGUAAAGACAUGUAUUUUUUAUGAAAUAAAAAAUACAUUUGCAGUUAACAGUUCAAUGUACUAUCAAGGAAGCGCACACUCUGAUCAACUAUCUGUACUCCACACACUCUAAUAACUAGCUCAUACAGAUAAACUUUUGACUAGGUAAUUAAUCCCCUCAUCAAUCCUGUAGCCACACCUUCACUAAUCCCUAAGUUGGUGCUUUGAUUUAAGCAUUUUAUGACCUUUUCAUUGAAAAAAAAAAGUUUUGCGACUUGCCCACUAUCUACGGCCAUUAAAGCAUAAUCCUUUAAUGCACUAGAAAACAUAAGCUAUGGUAGCUUGACAAGCCUUUCAUACAUACUGGUCAUGGAGUAUGAUGGGUCAAUACACAUUGAUUUUAAAGUGCAUUUUCAAUCAUGAAAGGGACUUCCUGCCAGCAAAAAAAAAUCAAUUGCCUUUUUUUGUUUCAGGAUUAACCCCAUAAUCCCAAAACUUGAAGCAAGCCAGAUGACUCCUAUUGGAAUUCCACAUUCAAAUUGUCUAUGGGUUAUUUGAAAGGAUUUAAUCCUUCAGUGAUUGAGGUUUCUGGGGUUCUGUAACACAUGACUGAUCACAUGACUGCAUGGUUUUCACAAUUGGUUGUACGUUGUAUGCGACACAACUUAUUCUUUGUGUUAUUUGUAGGAACCUCUGCAGAUUAUUCUUUGUUGAUGAUCUGAGGGCAGGAGAUGAAUUAAACAAGCUGGAGAUAAAAUAUGGGCCCUGUUUCAUGGCAAUGUAGUAACUUUGCCAUUAUGGUAACUGCCAUGGAAAUCUUCAAUUUGAUUGGCCGUUAAGGUUUGUUACCAUGGUACAUGUAGUUACCAUAAUGGUAAUUUAUUUGUGAAACAUGCCCCUGCCUAAGUGUUGCUUUCACGGAUUUGGCUUGUUGAGUACCAGGUGGAUGUUUCAUAUUAAAAGCCGUUCAUAAGUUGCGGUCGACUUUUUGUAAGACUGGUUAUCCUUUCUUAGGAACGAAAUAACACCUAUUGCAAAAUUUGGUGGACCAUGUACAUGUAUAUUAUUUACCACAAGAAAAUGGUUACCAGUCGUUCGUAAAGUUGCUUGUAACUUCCAAAGAGCUUUAUGAAACACCCACCCGGUAUCAUAACUCAUUCCACUUGUUAGUUCAUGAUCACUAUUUGGUGUCUUGUUCAAACUGUAUGGUGUAUUGUAACACCAAGGGUAUGUUCCGCUCAGAACACAUUGUUAUUUUAACACUGGUGUUAUUUUAACACUUCAAGUUUUUACACUCUACAGUGUACUGUUCAGUGUGUUAAAAUAACCAAAAUAAUUCGUAAUCGGGCAUUGUCACUCAUGGAGGUUACUGAUAUAUGUUGUAUAAAUAUUUUACCGUUAUAUCCAGUUUGAUUCAUAGAUUAUUAUGGUGUAAGCAUGGAGCAGCUCCAUGGUGUACAACAUUUACUACUAUAUGCAUGUGUUUAGCGCAUGAUGUAUGAUUUGUAUACUGUUUAUACAAGUUAUUGUAUGUUAAGCUCUACAUGUAUCAACUGAUCAAUUAUUAAGCAUGAAGAAUUAAAGAUCCAGUAUAUAACACAAAGGGAUCAUUAUGGUGAGCAAAUUACUAUUCAAAAUAAUUAUUCAAAAUAAUUAUUCAUAAAAUCUGAUAUAAAAAAGGUCCCACUCUCCUAUUUGCCAUUAAAAAUGUAAGAAUAUUGCAUCUUUUCAUUUGGUGCUUUUAAUGGGUACUUGUUGAGCCCUAUGCACGAGAUAACUUGGGAUAAUGUCUAUUAGAAAUGUGUAUUAGUACUAUAAAUUAAAUCAUGUUAAUUUAAUAAUAAUAAUAAUAAUAAUUUCUCAUUGUGAACAAAAUUGGAGAAUAAAGUCUUGCCUUAACUCUUGUUUUCCAAUGGAUUUAUGACACUCUUGUAUCAGAGUUUAGGGUAACAGGAAUGAACAAACCAGAGAGUUUUCAUGUAGCUAUUAUAAGCACUUAACCCAUUGCUGGAACAUAUUCUUGGAUGGUAAUUGCAACGGGCAAUCAUUUUGAGCUCAUCAACUUGUGUUGAAAACAUGUCCAGAGACAGUUAAAAACUGGUCAAACAUUGAUAAAUUACUUACAUGUAACUAUACAUUAAUAGCUUCCAAUGUAGAUAGUUUGGUUUUGAUGAAGAUAAAUUACAAUAGAUAUGUCACUAUGGAUUGAUGAAGAAGCUCAUCCCAUCAUCAAAUUGGUCUUGAUGAGAAGCAUAAAAAUUGAGGGAAACACAUUAAUGAAGUUGAAAAUAAUAAUAACCCCCCC